GAGGCGGCGUGGUUCAGUAGUGUGCGUGACCGUUCUGGGAGGAGGGUGGCUCCGCGCGCGGCCACACCGCGAAACCGUGCCCACUCGCCUCAACCACGGACGUCCACUCGUUUUCUCGUCUCGUGAAAACAUGGCGGCCAGCGACGACGAGCCGAUGCAUCUCUACGAGGUCUUUCAGAACUGCUUCAAUAAGAUCGCCAACAAGCAGCCCGAAAAGCCGGGAUUCCAGUCGCCGUAUGGCCCCACGAUGGACAACGGAAUGGCGUACGGUGGUGGAGCAUACGGUCCGACGGCAGGGGGCCCAGGCGGGGGGCCAGGGGGAGGCGGGGGCGGGGGUGGAGGCGGCGGUGGCGGUGGUGGCGUCGAGGGUGCCACCUAUCCCCCGGAUUCCCCUUAUUUCCCGUUCGGAACACGAGGUGUACCGUCUUCCGUGGGGACACCCACCCCCCUUGGCAACCCCGCGGCGCCCACUGGCACCAACGGCGCACGGUUACCAAACUCCGCAGCCGGUGCUGCUGCGGUGAAACGGAAGAAGGACCAGGCCCUGGACGGAGCCGACGGAGAAGUCGUAACAACGCAGCAUUGGUAUGGCUCGGAUGAAUUCGGCCAGGACUCUCCGAGAUACACUUCCCCUAAAGCUGCAGCCCUUUACGCUGACCCGUACUAUAUCGAUGGGAACGCCGCAGGAACGGGUCCCGGAGAUCCAUGGACGGGCGGCGGCGGCGGAGUCCAGCCCCCGUACAGCGGAUACGCACCUCCUCACCUGGCCCAGCCAGCUUACCCCAUGCACCUCCCCCACGACCCCAUGGCGUACUCGGCCAUGUCACCGAACGGAGAACCGGCGGCGCCGAUUCUGGGCUCGGCGGUGACCAGUGCGGCCUCACUGCCACCAAUGUCCACAUUCCGGGGUAGCGGCGCAGUUGCGGCGAACAGCGGUACCGGUGCACCAUCCCCGGCGUCGUUGCAAUAUAGUCAUAGUCCCGGUGCACCGACGACCGCACCCUCCGCGCCCAAUUCUGCACCCACGACGAACCAGCAACCCGCCACGGGGGACAACCUCGGCAAGACUCUCGCGUCUGUAGUCAGCACCAGAAUCUACCCCACGGACCAAUCAGUAUCGAGUUAUAGCAGCAACCCAUCGACGCCAGUCAGUUCGCCGCCACCUUUGACGGGUUCGGCGCCAGGCUGGGCAGCAGGUGCUGCACCAGUGUCUCCGCACUUCACGGCGGAUCCCAACCGCGGAACCAUUCACAUGUUGGUACAGGGAACGCGGAUGGAGGAACGACUGGACGAUGCCAUAAACGUUCUGAGGAACCACGCGGAGAGCCAGCUGGGACUCCAUCUUGGUCCCGUUGGUCCACACGGUCCCAUCUACUCCCACACGUCACCACCGCAAUUGGACCAUUUGACGAGUCCACAUCCCGCGGUAACAGUGACGCAACCCCAGGGUUCCUACCCUGGUCUCACCCCCACGCCCGACACAGACGGUUCUAUCAAAAUCGAGAGGUUACCUGUGUCGAAUGCCAAAUACGUCUCUUUAGAAAAGAGAAAGGACCCUCCGGACAGUAGUGGCGGCGAGACGAAACCGUCGAGCAGCGAGUUGGCAGCGGCGGGUGUGAUCGGCGCGGCCACGGUCAACUCGACGUCCCAGGGAAAGGGCACGAAGAGAUCGCGCAGAUAUUGUUCGAGCGCCGAGGACGAGGAUGACGAUCCCGACGUGAAGGCGCAAAGGGAGAAAGAGAGGCGGCAGGCGAACAAUGCUAGGGAAAGGAUACGUAUUAGAGACAUCAACGAGGCCCUUAAGGAACUCGGCAGAAUGUGUAUGACGCAUCUGAAGACGGACAAGCCUCAAACGAAGCUAGGUAUCCUCAAUAUGGCUGUUGAAGUGAUCAUGACGCUGGAACAGCAAGUUAGAGAACGAAAUCUUAACCCAAAGGCAGCGUGCUUGAAGAGGAGAGAGGAAGAAAAAGCCGAAGAUGGACCGAAACUACCCGGCCAUCUUGCGGCACACAUAGCUCACCCGCACCCUCACCCCCACCCGCAUUCUCAGCCACCCUUUUCCGCGAUGCCUGGUCCGCCCCCUUCCCUUCAGCACAAUCCAUCGCAGCCCCAGUAGCAGCGGCUCAGCGGCGGUGUGAUCCUGUGUUAAAAGGGGUAGAUACAGCUUAAACUUAUUCGUGGCUUCGGGACGCGUGCAUACAAAGAGAGGACGUUUCCCCGGCCCCGUGUGUGCCCGUCGUACGAGCCAGAGAAAGGGAGAGAGAAAGAGAGAGAAACUCGAGGGUAUCGCUCGGCGACGAGUCCGACCGAAAAAAAACCGUUGGAGGUGCACACCCCUUCGAACUAAUCGGUGCGUACCCCGGGAAGAGACGGGAAACUGGUAAAAGAAGAUACCGCUCGGAGAACUGUACUCCACGAAGAUGCUGUUCGUGGGAUACCUGUGUUCAGUCGUCAACGCAACACACGGGAGGAACGGAUACACGGUGCAGGGCGCGAAUAGAGAUUCCAAGUGUGCAACGAAAGCAGCACCCGGUAAUAUCAACGGUUUGUUUCCUGCGAGAAUAGACUCCAAAUCACACGCGCAUCACCGACGAACAAGGAAAAAUUGUUUUCUGUGCGUCGAUGCGAAAGCAUAUCCAAUUCGCGAGAGACGGAAGAAGAGAGAAUGACAGAGAGAAAGAUAAACAAAGAGAGAGAGAGCGAGAGAACGAGAGAGCGAGAGAGAGAGAGAGAGAGAGAGUGAGAGAGGAGAGAAGGUGUAAGGGCGCGAGGGAGGGUAUGAGAGUUUGAGUGAAGGUGGAAGGGAGGGAGGGAGAGCGAAAGAGACAGAGAGUGAACGGAAGAGCGAAAGAAGUAUAGUAUGUGUGAGAAAGUGAGAAAGAGUGGGAGAGAGUAAGUUACUUUUAAGAGGCAUCUACCCCCCACCCCCUGCGAAGGCGGCUUGAAAUUAUUUUUAUAAACAGCGAGAAGACAAAGGAAUAUGGUUCCUCUCUUUCGAGAUGUAAGAAGCGUGUAGUGCGAUCGAGGUUCUACUUGAAACGAUCGAUCCCCGCUACGACAAACCCCUAACCCAAAACCAAUUCCCACCCUCGAGAAACCCUUAAAGCGAAGGAGAGAAAAAUCUGGACUAUUGAAGGGAUAUAAAGAGAAUCACCGGUUAUUCUGUGUGUGUAUGUAUGUAUGCGCAUGUGUGUAUGUGUGUGUACGCGGUCACGCCGAUAAUGUAUGACUUAGGGAGAGAUUUUGGACACUGGACAGGACGGGAGGAUCGAGCGAUCGCUGAGGACGAUCUCGUGGAUCUCCUUUCCUCGUCGUUGGACCCGACGAUGGAACCGCGGUUUUCUCGUCUCCGCCGCUGCCGCGUCGUCGAAUGUACAUAAGCGAAGACGAUCGACGAUCCGGUGGGGGUCCAGAUCCGGGACGAGAUCCUCCUCGGUGGCUAGGAGAGCGAAAGGUGAAGAUGAAAGUGGAAUUUUGUACAUAGAGAAGGGACCGACGACGAUCGUGUUUCCGCGAGGCGUUCAGCGAG